AGAGCAUUCAAUCCCCGGGUACCCCAAAUCACAAAACCCAAAUGGUUGGAGGUUGACCAUCCUCGCUGCUAGGCUAUGCUUGCUCGCGAAAGAGAACCUCAACGCUCCUAUUGUGAUGUUAGAAUGAUGUCAUUGAUGAUGUGGCAAUUCUUCUCCUUAAGUAAAUUUGAAUCCAAUGAGUCAAAUGGGUUUGGGUCGGCUGUUUGGGCUGCGCAAACAGCUCGGAUUUGCGCGAAGCACAUGAAUCCACAUGUUCCCUAAAACACAUUUGACUCAGUGGACUCAGGUCGGCCGGCGAUACUCGAUGCCAACCAUUUGGGUUUUGUGAUUUGGGGUACCCGGGGAUUGAAUGCUCUUAACGUAUCUAUUUAGUAUUUAUUUAUCCCACUAAUUUAGACUACUGGCUAGCUAGCUAGGGUUAUUGGAUGAAAUCCAUGGAGCUCAAUGAUAAGACUGUCACUCGCUCCAACCAACGGCCGCGCGUUCCAUCGCUACAUGCAUUUGCCACCACUCCGGCACCGGGACAGGAGUAAAGGUAGGAUGCUUGUUAUCCAAACCCGCACCGGUACAGAACGGAAGGAUCCGACUGACGGCGACCGUCGGAGCACGUCCGUCAAUGAGCAAGGACCGUGGUGGGUGUGGAUUGAAGGCAAAGCAACAAGGAAACUACCCCGUUUCCACGACACUAGGUCGUUUCUUUUUUUCUCGGGGACAUCCCUGUAAAGGGGGGAUGAUCCGAUUGAUGGUGACCGUCGGAGCAAUUGAGCAAGCGUAGAUAAUCUACCUACUAUAAACCCCGUUGAUUGAGCAAGCGUGGUGGAUGUGGAUUGGAGGCAAAGGCAAAAAGAAAACUACUAGUACCCCGUUUCCAGGAUCAUUCCGUUUCUUCGAUCCAUCCUGCCAAACAAACGACACCAACACUGUGUCGUUUCUGGACAACUCCCCUCUUGUCGGUGAUAAUUCCGAUACUCGCUUCGUUCACAAAUUUAUCUUAUCGUCUCAUCCAUCGCUUCAACUACGUACACAACCUAGUCGCUUCCAUCAUGCCUUCAAACAAGAAAAAGUGCACCAAAAAGAAGCUUGCAAAGCAUCCUGAGCGGAUCUCUCCAAAGAAGCUUGCUCAAGCGAUGCCGGAAGUCCUGGAGCGGCUCCAGUCUGGAAACGUUGCCGAUAAAGAAGCCGCUUACUUGGAGGUGCUUACCUCAGUUGGUCCAAAGGUGGACAAAAUCAUGACUAAAGAUGGUAGAACACACAACAAACCGGAGCUGAAAGCACUGGUGCUUGCCGGACUCGCCGUGAGUGGCAGCAGUGAAGCAGCACAAGACCUGAAAAACUCGCUCAAGAGUAUCAUGUUGAAAUACGUCAAUGCAAUGGAUGAAAACGAGGGAGAGGUCGCAUUCUCCCUCGAAAAAAGCAAGGAGAUCCAAUUUAGGACCCAAAAGUGUUUUGAUGAAGGAAUUGACGAAAUGAAGGAUGAGAUCAUCUCAACCUGUUACAACGGCAGCGAAGAAGCAUUCAAGACAACGUGUCCAGCUUACAAGGCUUCUCGCGAUGUGUUCUGGCACCACUUUAGACAGACUUUCUGGUCAAUGAUAGAUACGAACCUAAAGGAGAUGAUGGAAAAGUUCGAUACUGCAACCGCAGGAGUGCAAAUGGGGAUGCACAAGUCCAAGUGGGUCUGCUGGAAGUGCGGAGAGGAGGCAGCAUUUUGCUGCACACAGUGUCAUGUGGCAAAGUACUGCAGCAAGGAAUGCCAACGAGCUCACUGGCAGACAUCCCACCAUCCAACUUGCAAGAGUUUGCACGAUGUGUAUGCUCCAUUCAAAGUAGACCAAACCACAGUUGAAAAAGCACAUGGGAAUCCAGAGGAACAUGCAACGAAGUUUUGCAUUGAACCUGCUGUCGAGGAUUUUCAUCUUCUUUGGAUUGCCUCAAGAAACCAUAUUUUCCAAAAACAGCUAUUUGUUACCGGAGAAGAAGGCGCCACCGGUGUCCUUGGAACAGCUGAGGCUUUCCUGGAUCAUCAUUUCCCUGACAACAAGGGGCGCAACACACCUACAAUGACCAACUUUUAUGGCAACGUGAAAAAGUUGGUAGAAGACGGGUUCUUACUCUCUCCAGGAUCUCACAAUGUUUCUCCGCAGAAGUGCGUCCGGGAUCGGAAGGCAUUUCUAGCCGUCUCCCAAGCAAUGAUGUUUGACUAUUCAACCCUCCCAGUUAUGCUACAAAUGCCUUUCUUCUACGUCGUCGUCACUGAUGCAUACGGUAGCGAGGACUUCAGCAUGAGUGCAGGGGAAUGGCUUUACAACUACUGUGACGGCGAUCGAUACAACGAAAAUGCAUUCUUGGAUUGCAACGCGGCGGCUGAACGCAAGUUCGAUGCCAAGCGAUGUCGUUACUUUGCGGAUUUCAAUACCCACGAAUACCUGCGAGAGAAUGCAGGUGACUUCGUCAAACCAAGCGAGAAACCUUGAGCCACUACGCCAAAAGCACCGGGAAAACUUGCUAUGAUAAAGCUCGUGGUCGCUCGAGAUCACGGAGGAAUCGCUUCAAAGAGGUUUUGUUAGACUAUAUAGCUCUCCUAGCUAAAGUGUAGCAUCGGGUAGCAACGUUGUUCAGUUCG